AUGUUUCGCUCUUCUGUGUCUCUUUGCUUGCUUCUAGCGCCAUUAGUAGUGUCUCUCCCACAUCAGGCAUCGAAUCACACCGACAACCUUCGAUGUCGCUACUUGCCCCAAGACUCCCAGUGGCCGUCCUUUGAAUCAUGGAACCAGCUCAACGUGUCAGUGCAGGGCCGCCUACUUGCAGGCAAGCCUCUGGCACACGUCUGCCACGGCUCUACCUACGACGCUGCAGCUUGCACUGAACUCGCCAAUCACUGGACGGAGCAGGCUCCGUACUUUUCGGAUCCGGUCAACAUCAUGUCGCCGUUCUGGGCAAACAACUCCUGCACUCCUUUUACCAGUCCUUCCGCGCCUUGCUUGCAGGGAAAUUACGCCUCGUACGCCAUCAAUGUCAGCAACGCCGCUGAUGUUGUUGCUGGGCUACAGUUUGCAAAGAAGAGCAAUAUCCGCGUUCAAGUCAAGAAUACGGGCCACGACUACCUGGGCCGAUCCACUGGACAGGGCUCACUAGCCAUCUGGACACACAAUCUAAAGACUAUCAACUUUCUCAACUACACCAGCACAAGAUACAACGGCUCAGCUGUCAAGCUUGGCGCAGGUGUGCAAGCAUUCGACGUGUACCCCAAGGCGGCGGCGCAGGGCCUGCGGGUUGUGGGAGGCUAUUGUCCUACAGUAGGCAUUGCUGGCGGUUAUCUCCAAGGUGCAGGGCAUGGGCCGCUUCUCGGCACAUACGGCCUUGCAGCGGACAAUACGCUCGAAGUCGAAGUCGUCACAGUCGGCGGCAAACAUCUCGUGGCCAGCCCAACACAAAAUGCGGACCUUUUCUGGGCUCUCAACGGCGGAGGAGGCGGCAACUACGGCGUUGUCCUGUCUGUGACAACGCGCGCGCAUCGCGACGGACCUGUCUCUGGGGCCUCGCUCACAGUGAGUGCCGCAACGAAAAGCAACAUCGAGGCGCACUGGAAAGUCGUCGCUGCCUGGCAUCGCCAUCUGCUGUACCUCGACACACUACCCGGGUUCACGAGCGUUUACCGCAUCACCAACACCACCUUUGGGCUCAGCCAGGUAACUUACGCAGACCACGGAGUAGCCGAGAUCCAAACGGCCCUGGAUCCCUUUUUGAAACAAGUGACGCAGCUCGGAUUCAAUUACACCCUCGACAAAAACGUCAAGGGCAACUACUAUGAGCACUAUCUCAAGUACAACCCCAAGCUACCCUACGGAUCGUACUUUAACAACGAGACAAUCGGCGGACGCCUGAUUAGCCGUGACGCCAUCAAGAGCAACCUGCCAGACGUCGUCAAGGCCAUUCGCGACAUUACCAAUUCUCGAGGGAGACCAUUUGUCAACGGGGUGGCUGGAAACGCAAACCGUGCGCACAGGGGUAGAGCGCCAAACACGAAUGCAGUCUUGCCUGCGUGGCGCGAUGCGCUGUACCACUUGAUCAUCGAAGAGGUGUACAAGGAGGAUGCGUCCACGGCGCAGCUCGUGUCUGUUCAGGCCGACAUGAAUGCGCACCAGGAACUCUUGCGAGCUGCCGCGCCCGGCGGCGGAGCAUACAUCAACGAGGCGACUCUGGACAAUGUGCAGUGGAAAAAGGACUACUUUGGCGCCAAUUACAACAAGCUGUUGCGCGUGAAGAAGAGGUACGAUCCGCAGUUUUUGCUGUACGGGCCGGCUUCAGUGGGGAGUGACGCCUGGGUUAGGGCCUCUGAUGGGAGGUUGUGCAGAAAGUAA